AUGGCAGCUCAAAGCUCCGUGACGAAGCGUCUUGGGCGGCUAUUGCCGCACUCGAGCGCUCUUUUUGUAUGUGACGUACAAGAAAUAUUCCGCAGUCGGAUGUUCCAGAUGCAAACUGUUAUCCAUGGCACCAAUACUAUGAUCUCUGCAGCCAAGCUUUUGGACAUUCCAAUGGUCGUAACAACACAAUACAGUUCCCGUCUAGGCACUACCGUAUCAGCAAUUUCAAAAAAUCUCAAGGACGUACAAAACAUCCAGACUUUUGACGAGAUGAUGUUCCCAAUGUUCGAACCUGAGACGGAACAUCAUAUGACAACUGAUAUGCCACAGCGUAAAUCAGUUCUUCUUUUGUGGUAUUGA